ACUAAACAAAUGUGUGAAUUUUAAUGGUUUAACAAUAAAAGGCGAACGAAUUGUCGAAAGUAUUGGUCGUAGGUUUUCGAACUCCACCAAAUUAGUUUCAUUGAAUAUAUUCGUCAUAUCCUUAUUGCACGAAAUCGAUUCACCAAUAAAUUAGAAAUUCUGUAUUUGUUUUUUUUUGCAGAUACAAUUAUUAUAAUAUCUAAAUCAGCUGAGAUUAGUGAGCUUCAAGACUGCAUAAAACAGUCGAAACCGGAGAAAUCCAAGCGAAAACCGACCCAGAAACGUAAGGACAAAAAACCAAAAUCGAGCUUCAAUCUGGAAGAAGUCUUAUCUUCUGGCCCAGGAAAACCAGUCGUUUAUCAGAAUGCUCGAUUCGGAGCAGCUCCGGUGCUGGUGGAUGACCAUAUCUACCAGUUUGCGUUCACACAGAAACAGAUUUACCACUACCGGUGUGACCAGUUCCGCAAGCAGUGUCCCGCCAAAGUACUGGUUAAGGAAGGACUCGUCUAUUACGUGUGUGCCGAGCAUAACCACGCGGUAAAAACAGUCCGAUUGGACAAUUCGUGCGGACUGUAUCAAGCCAGGGAUCCUAGAUCUCGAGAAUCACAAAAAUAGAAUUGAAUUAUUUCACAUCAAUGGAACGCAAGACAAUAAAUCAUAUUUUUUCUUCAAUUAACUAUCAAAUGUUUUUCAAUACCCGAUAGGCGCGGAGCAACUUUGGAGAUGCCGGUACCAUUCGCAAACUAAAACUUUAUCCUAAAUUUCCAGCUGUCGGAAUUAUCUACUUCAUUUUGGGUCCUCUCGGUAACAUGCAACUGGUGAUCGAUGGCCAUUUGUACCAGCGUUCGCAGAUCCGUGAGCGCAUCAUCAUUUGGUUGUGUUCGCAGAAACGAAAUGGAUGCAAAAGCCGCAUUAGUACUCUACGAGGUGACCCGGGGGCGGUACAUUCAUUUCGGAAUCAGCACAACCACACGAGCAAAGCGGAUCCUAUCAACGAAAAUACCAACAUUAUUAAGGUCUGCAAAAUGAGAAUCGUCGAACGGGAGAAAAAGAUCACCAGAAAACCGAAAGACCUGAUGUGCUCAAGCGAAUAAAUUACCAUAUGAAAAAUCUGUAGCCUAUGUUAUUUUAUUUCUAGGCCAUAGAAAUAAAGGCGCCCGUUUAAUCUUGCUAAUGUUCCGACUUUAAACUUUGCAGCUCCAAUGACGCUGAAUGUCACCGAGAGAAGUUACUACUACAUACACACCACUGACGGAGAGUUUGAAAUUCGUGAUAAGAAAUCGAUAAAGUCGAAACUAAUAUUACAGAGCCCUCACCCAACGGGACCCAACCCACGUGUAACGGGAUUUACGUUCCCCAUCAGCGAACAAGAAGAGGUUGAACGACUGGAGAAUAAUGUUUCCCAGAACGCACUGAUCCGGCAAGAAUAUAUUAAUUUGCUAAGCCGUAAGAAACCCGAAGGUAUGUCAAUUGUGCAAUUUCUUCCCUUGAUUUUCUCGGAUGAAGCACUGGACGGCUACAAUUACAAUGGCUCGAAUACACUUGGGAAGUGUAAGUUACCGAUGAAAGGAUACGACAUCUUUUCGCAUUGUUUUAUUGAUGCAUUUUCUUCCGAAGGACUGAAUCUAAACGAACUGGCUACCCAAAUGGCGGCGGCCAUCAAGCAAAGUCGUAAUCGAAUGCGUCAGCGAACGUUUCGGGCGAAAAAGUCAAUCCAAAAAAUGCUCGAGAUAAAACCAUGUGUUGAAUAAUUUACUUUUAUUUCUUUGUUAGACUAAAUUUAAUAAAUUUUUCUUCUAGCAGAA